AUGGACCCGGCAAGUUGGCCAGACUUCGCUAUAACGAACCCACCGCCGUUAUCAGGGAUAUUCAUUCUGCUAUGCGGUUCCCGGAAGGUGGAGACUCGAGAAUUCCAGCCUCAUUCGGCUCCAGGAUCUGCCAAGACCAAAUACGCUCACUGGAGUUACCGUUCCCCGAUAGCUGAGCCGUUUCUGGAGGGAUCGAAUGCCUCAGAUCUGGAGCUGCGGCGUGAAUACGACACCGCAUUCUCUCAUUCCGCCGAAAAGGUCUUUUCAGGGGCGGACUCGUUUGAAAGCAUGCAUUCCGCAGCCAGCCCGCCUUUCUCAAAUGACCGUUUGCUUCGCCAUAACCCUAUUAGCUGUCUCCGAGCGGGAUGGAAGCGUUUCGCCACACUCACCGUAGCCCAUUCCUACCUCAAUGACAGGAGAAUACCGGGCUGUGAUAAAAGGGCGAUACGGAUGAAGGUUUACCACCGUGGUCACGAUUCUUGGAAGCAGUGA